GUUUUAAAUGAGUUAUCUCUAUUCACCAUACAGAUCCUAUGCCAGACCAUAUUAGUAUUCACCCACCCGUUCAUAUGUCUCCUCCCCAUAUUACACAUCCACUCCACCAAGAGGUAAACUCCUUUGCUAAACAAAUAAGGCAAUUCUUGGGUAGAAAGAAUCCCUGUUGAAUAGAGAUAUACAGAGUAUGUUCCAGAACAAAGAAUCGAGUACAAGCCAGUCGAGAGAAGAUACACAGACUAUGUAGAGAGUAAGAAAUCAUUGAAAUUAUUAAGUCGAACAUUACAGAGAUUAUGUCCCAGUCCCAAGACUUGAAAGAAGAGUCGAAUACGUGCCAAUUGAGAGAUAUGACGAAGCAGUUGACUAUGUUCCAGUCGAGAGAUCCAGUGUUGUUCGCUAGCCAUUGUCAAAUUCAUUAGCCUACAGUAGAUAUUCCAGGUAUCCAUCCAGAUAUUAUUAUUGAUUAUUAUAAUCAAAUUAAUUAC